AUGCCAAAGAGGUUGAGCAAAGGAUUGUGGAACUACCGCAGCAUCGCCCUGGUUGUCCUUACGCCUCUGCUGCUGCUUCCUCUUCCAGUCGUUGUCAGGGCGAAGGAGGCAGAAUGUGCGUUUGUGUUGCUGCUGAUGGCGACGUACUGGGUGACAGAGGUGAUUCCUCUGUCCAUGACCGCCAUGCUCCCUGCCAUCCUCUUCCCCACGUUCGGCAUCAUGAAGUCUUCGGCCGUGGCGAAAGAGUACUUUAAAGACUUCCACUUCUUGCUGGUGGGCGUCACCUGCCUGGCCACGUCCAUUGAGAAAUGGGGUCUCCACCGCAGAAUUGCCCUGAGGCUGGUCACCCUGGUGGGAGUCAACCCUGCAUGGUUGAUGUUGGGCUUCAUGUCCGGCUGUGCCUUCCUCUCCAUGUGGGUCCAAAACACCUCCGCUGUUACGAUGGUGAUGCCCAUCGCAGAGGCUGUGCUCCAGCAGAUGCUGAAGGCUAACGAGGGGGGAUGUGCCGGCGAGGACAACCCCAACCUACAGCUGGACGAAACUCUGCUGUCCCGUUCUGCGGCCUUCACUGUCUUCACCUCUGGUCACAGGAAGCGUCCAGACAGCCCUGAGGAAACCUUCACCUGUGUUCAGGUACAGCCAGUGUCACAGCCGGCUGCAGCUCAGGCUGCAGUGUGCCCUCCUGCAGCUCCCAGCAGGACUACACAGGACCUAAUGAUGUGUAAAGCCAUGUGCGUCGGCAUCGCCUACUCCUCCAACAUCGGUGGCAUCACCACGCUGCCAGGAACCUCGCCCAACCUCAUCUUCUCCGACUACCUCAACCAGAUUUACCCAAACUGCAACUGCGUUAACUUCGGCAACUGGCUCCUGCUGUGCCUGCCCAUCAGUGUUAUCAUGCUGCUGCUGACAUGGCUAUGGCUGUACUGGCUCUUCAUUGGCUCAGACUUCAGGUUCCUGUGGCGAUGUGGAGGAGAGCGGUCUGAGAAAGAGAAGGCAGCAAGAAAAGUGGUGGAGGACGAGUACGAGGCGUUGGGACCUAUGAGUUCUCAGGAGAUCUUCACCGGGCUGGUCUUCCUGCUGAUGGUGUUGCUGUGGUUGACCAGAUCUCCAGGUUUCAUGCCGGGCUGGGCCUCUCUCUUCCCACAUCACUCCGGCUACAUCACUGAUGCCACUGUGGCUCUGCUGCUGGGUCUUCUCUUCUUCAUCGCACCUGCCUACGGACCCUCCAGGAAAUAUGAGGCCAUGAUCUCCUGGAAGGAGUUCCAGGCCUCGAUGCCGUGGAAGGUGGCCCUGCUCGUGGGUGGAGGCUUCGCGCUCGCUGAAGGCACGGAGGAAUCGGGCCUGUCUUUGUGGGUGGCCGAGCUGCUGACACCUCUGGGUGAUCUGCCAGUCUUGGCCACCAUCACUGUCGCCUGCAUCAUCGUCACUACGGUAACGGAGGUGGCCAGCAACGCCGCCACGAUCACCAUCUUCCUCCCCAUCCUCUCUCCUCUGGCUGAGGCCAUCCACGUCAACCCGCUGUACAUCCUGAUCCCCACCACCCUGUGCACGUCCUUCUCUUUCCUGCUGCCAGUGUCCAACCCGCCGAACGCCGUCGUGUUUGCCUACGGACACAUCGGCAUCAUGGACAUGGUGAAGGCGGGGCUCGGCGUCAACGUGAUCGGCGUCCUCGCCGUGCUGCUGGCUGUGGCGACGUGGGGAGUUCCACUGUUCUCUCUGGAUACGUACCCUGACUGGGCGCCGGUCCUCCCCGGUUUGAACUCCACAACGCCUUGA